CCCUAGACCGAUCUGCCUCCCUUGCACCGAAGGGGCCAGCAGAGCCCUGAAGAAAAAGCCCGGAACAACAACAUGCAGAGAUCAUGAACUGGAGCUACUGAGUUUUGAGAAGGUGCCUGCCGAGUUCAUUUCCUUGGAAAACAAGAGAAUGAAUGUACAGAUCAAGACCAAAGCAAGUCGUCCCAUGUGUGCUUCUGGAGCUCUUCAGAAGAUAUAUGCCAACGUGUCCAAUGUCGACGAAGUGGUGACUGACAGGUUCCUGUGCAGUGGAGAAGAUAUGUCGUUGGAAGCCCACACUUGCAAAGGUGAAUCUGGAGGAUCACUCUUUGUUGAAAGGAGACAAAGACAUUUUCAGGUGGGUGUGAUCAGCUGGGGCACGUACGAUCCAUGUGCACGGCAUAAUAAAAAUGAUGAUGGGGAGGUGAUACGAGAUCGGCCAAGCAAAGAAUCCAAACCACGAGACUUCUACAUCAGUCUAUUUCAAGUGCAGGAUUGGUUAAGAAAAUAUCUGGACAACUCCUUGACAUUCAUUCCCAUGCAAUGAACUUCUAAUAUUUGCUCUUAACCAGGACUCAAUACAAUAUUGGCCAAGCCAGCCAAUCUUCAUGAUGAUUAUUGAAAAUUAGUUUGAUGGUAUCUGUGAUUCAACCAAUUGAUAUUCUCAGCAGAAGGCUCAAAACCUAAUUUGGUGCAAAGCUCAUUGUGUCAGAGCCUUGAGGUCCUUCAAACAGACAGUGCAAAAAUGCCAAUCAGCUGAAAAUAAUAAUUAAGCCAAUGGUUCCUUUCAUAAUACUGUAUAUUAUGCACCUCUGCUUGCCUUCUUACAAGAUCCUUGUACAAUAUUUAUUCUAAAGUUAAUCCUGUUUCCCUAAAGCUUUCUAAUGUUAAUUAACACAAUGGUAAUUAAAAGCUUCUUUCUUAUUC